CACAUUCAACUUCGGCACUUCUUUCUCCGACACGCCUUCUUCUCCGCUACCUCCGACGCAUCUCUUCCCCUCCUUCUCUCCAUUGCAGCCAUCCCCACCCCAGCAUCAAACACGAAAUGACAGUCGACGCCUCGAACCACGCCCAUGGCCUGUUGCUCCUACACAUCCCGGACCUGGACGCACCUCUUAACGACGCCUUCCACGCCAUCCAACGGUCCCUCGUCCUUGUCAGCCGUCUCACCAUCGCCGUCUCCAACUCCCCAGCCGGGGCUGGACCCGAAGCUGAAGAAGUUUUUGCAAAUAACCCAUCCAACACUCUCCACCCGAACACCAGGACCACAGCAUCCACGAAAGAAGGUUCUAACACAGAGACACCGGCGCCGGCGCUGACGCGGUCGCCAUCGAUUUCAGGAUCGGGGUCGUUCCACAGCGUACAGCGGUUGCUUUCGGCCCUCUACGUCAGUUUUACGAAGCAGUCCAUGGCCUUGCGCCGGCCCCUCGUAGAACUCGAUAUCGUCUUUCGAGAAUCCUGCGGGUAUGAAAUCGGCGCCGGAUCGGACGAUCAAGUCCCCUUCGAUGUCUUCCUCGGCAUGCCCAAUACAAUCAAAUCCCUAGAAGCCCUGAACGUAGCACGCUCGAAUCGGGGAUAUCUCGCCCUCCCGAUCUUCACUCUGGACCUGACACCCGAGAUCGCCGUACACGAACAUCUUGUCGAAGCUAUUGAUCCGACCGUGCCUUUUACUCGGGUCCGAGAGGGACAGUACCAGGAUGUAGCCCUCGGCGGCACCUUCGAUCAUCUCCAUGCGGGACAUAAGAUCCUUCUCUCCAUGACAGCCUGGGUUACCAGUCAUCGCGUCGUCUGCGGAGUCACUGACGACUCGAUGCUGAAGACGAAGAAGUUCAAGGAGUACAUGGAGCCGCUAGAUAGGAGGAUCCACGCCGUUGAAAAGUUCUUACGCACAUUCAAACGUGAACUCAUCUACGAAGUCGUCCCGAUUCACGAUAUCUAUGGACCUACGAUCACAGAUGACAAAUUACAGGCCCUCAUGGUCUCCAAGGAAACCCUCAAAGGAGGGGCAGCAGUAAACGAGGAACGUCGCAACAGAAACCUGCCUUCGCUGGACAUUGAGGUCAUCAAUGUGAUCUCACCCACAGAGACACAAGUUGACGAGGUCAGCCUCAAGAUUAGUUCCACAUUUAUCCGUCAAUACCUCUCGGAACAUGCAGGCAAAACAGCAUCAACACCUCCAGCAACACCACAGCCACAAGGAGACUAGGUUCGCCCUCGUUCGCCUGCCCACCGUCUUCCUAUAGGCAUGAUAGCAUUUCGAUAGACGACUUAGAAUCAUGGAAGCUUUGUAAAUACAUACACACUGAAAAACAACAACAACAUCAAACGAGCAGAUAAACAAAGAACAGAACAGA